AUGGCGGAGUCGUAUCAGCCGCGCGGUCAAUAUCAGCAAGACUAUGAGGAUACUUACGAACAAGGACAGCAAUCAGAAGGGGCUCAGCGACGACCGCCAAAGAAUCGAAAAGAGGUAAGUAUUUCAUUUUUUGUGUUGAAUUUUAGGUAAACAAUGUGGAAAACUUGUCUUUUUUGAGGUCAUUUAUAUUAUUUUAGGUAAUAACCAAAAUUUCUGUGAAGGAUUUACCUAAAAAUUUUGAAAUUAAAUUAAUUUAUUACCUAUAGUAUUAUUUUACUUCAUGUCUAGACCUCUUUAAGUCCUAUUUUACAGCCUAAUUUACCUUUGAAAUCGAGAAAUUGAUAGUUUUAGUAUUUGACACCUCAUCAACCUCAAAAUUGCCCCUACAAACUCCCCAGAUUUGGCCCAUUUAUUGCCGAUCCGACCCUUGCACUCCAUAAUGUCGAGGCUGAGAUUGCUUAUAUCCAUCAAACACAUCAACGAUUGCCCGAAUCUCUUCGAGUUCUUACUGAUGGUAAGGAUUUUAAAAAUUACGUAGAAAAUGGAUUUGAUAGGAUCUUUUGUAAUAUUUCGUCAUGAUUUUCCGCCAUUUUAUCCCUACGUUUUUAUUUUUUAGAGACAAAACGGCUGGCCUGUAAAUGGAAUACGGAUUGGAUUGAUUUCAGCGCCGGGAGCCCAGAUUACAUCCGUUUGGAGCAAAAAGUCUUCUUGCCAGAGCCGAAACGAGGUGUAAGAGUUUGAAAUUUUAUUUUAUUUGAAGUUUAGGAUAUCCUCUGCAAUUUUUUUGUUUGAUUUUUGCCGAAUUUUGACAAGAAAAUGCAAGUUUACGCCCGCAGCGUGCGCUUCCCGCCAAAGCGUUCGCAAAAAGAAAAGGGAAAGGGAGCGUGCGUCUGUGGUGUAAUGGUCAGCAUGGUUGCCUUCCAAGCAAUCGACACGGGUUCGAUUCCCGUCAGACGCAGAGGGAUUUUUUCCGUUUUCUUUUGGAUUUUUAUAUUGAAAAUGGCUAAAUAAUUGCAUCCAGGGUUUAAAUUCUUAAUUUUAGACAUUAUUUUAGUAUCAAAAUUUAAUUUUUGCCAAAAUUUCCGAAUUUUUUCUAAUAAUUCCAUUUUUAGGAGAAUGUUGUUGGCCGCCUGCUUGGGAAACGCGGUCAAACCCUCCGCGCGAUUACUCAAAAGUACAAAUGCAAAAUUCAAAUUUGUGGAAAAGGCUCUAAAGGUGGUGUUGGUGUCGAAAAAGGCGCCGGAAGCAGAGAUUCCCCUUACAAUGCACCUCUUCAUUGCGUAAUUUUGAUGGAAGGAGACCCCACAGAAGUCUACCAUCGAAUGGCCGAUAUUCUCAGGUUAAUAUUUCAGAUCUGCACUAUGGUAAGAAAAAUUUUAAAAAAAAUUUAUAGCGACAUUAGCUAAAAUUUAUAUUUAUUUUGAUGAUUUCAGACUGAAUCUUUCGAAUUCGAAGGCCUUCCCAUAGAUUUGUAUGUAAAUAAAUUUGACCAAAAAAAUGAGAGUGACCAACAAGGAAAUAAUGAUGGUUCUGAACGAAAGAGAAAGUUUGAAGACGACCAAAAUGAUAAUCAACAUAAUGGAGUAAGUUUUGUCGCACAAAAUAUAUCUCAAAAUCUUUAGCGCUCCCGAUUUGACAGCCCAAGCUCCCAAAAUCAAAAUAACAGCGAAGAAAAUGAAGGAUAA